UUUCCUAAUGAUCCAUCCCCCCUUUGAUCCCUCCCCUUCGUAUCGUGGACCAGCUGAAAUGCCCAUCAUAGGUCCCUCCAUUGUCAUCUUGGAACAAGAUUCAGGCAGGCAUGAGAUGUCAUUUAACCACACAUCGCAGCAGCCAGCAACAUGACAGCUGCUCCAGAUCCUCAUCAUAUCAUCAGGACCCAUCAUGCACCGAUCGCAGCCCUGAGAUUUGAUCCAACGAAUGCAAAGCUCUACGCAGGGGAUCAAGAUGGAUUCAUCUCCAUCAUUGAUCUCAAGGCGAGACGACCGUUGAGUCAUUGGAAAGCUCAUGAAGGGGGAGUAUUGGGAGUGAAUGAGGUGAAUGCAUGCCUCAUCAGUCAAGGCCGCGACAACAAGCUCCAUCUGUAUGACACACAUGUCGGAAAUUUGUUCACUUCUGGUCCAGGACCUUCUCAUCCACCUCCAAGUAUUGCUGCCAGUUUGGAUAUCAACGCUUUGAAUUUUUGUCGCUUCUCGAUGUGCUCGAUACCCAGGUCGUCGCUUCGCAUGUCUUCGGCCAAGAAGGGCAAAGGCAAGGCCUUUGACGACGAUGUCGCUGUCCUCGCUCUACCCAACUUGGUGGAUUCUGAGCUUGCCGAUAUCUACCUCUUACCUUCGAUGUCGAGACUGCAUGCAGCUUUCAAUAUGCCUCCGCAGCAUGCCGACAAGUCGAUCAAGCCUGCCAAAACCAUUAUACCGGCAUCUACACGUUCAGGGUUGAUCAUGGCAAUUCACAUCGCUUACAAUGAAGCAGAAAAGCUGCGCGUUGUCCUGGCCUACGAAGACGGACGAGUAGAGAUGUGGAAGCUAGCAGAUGAUGAGAAGGACUGGCGUCAAGCUUCGGAUGCUCGUCUGAACGAAGCAGAUGACCGAGCAUGGAUCAAAGUCCGCGAGUUCAAAGGGCACAAUGAAGCAGUCAUGGCGAUGACGGUCAACUCAACACUCUCUCGUGCUUACACCGUAUCUGCCGAUCAUCAGCUUUGCCGCUAUGAUCUGAGCGCAGAGUCCGAAGAUGGCUGUAUCAAAAAGCAGAACACUGGCCAAAUUGGGAAUGCCUCCAUAGCCAUUUCGGCUGAUGACAAGGUAGUAGCUGUCGGUGGCUGGGACGGCAAAAUCCGCCUGUUUUCAGCGGCCAGCUUGAAACCGCUCGGAACGCUCGCGUUUCACCGUGAGACAGUUCACACCCUAGCAUUUGCAAAUUGUGUACCUGUCACGAACGACACUAUUGCACCGGGGGAUACGGCGUCGACACUGGAUUUAGAAGCUGAAGAUAGCGAUGAAGAAGAAGAGACACGCGAGCAGCUGCUCCGGGGUCGGUAUCUGGCGAGUGGAGGAAAGGACACGCGUAUAGCUCUAUGGCUCUUGAAAGACUUUGCAGUCACAUAAUGGAUGCACAACACCUCGACAGCCAAUCGAUGUUCCUCGAGUCCUGACCUUUCUUCUCAGCCGCAGGCACCGGCAAACAAUGUCUACCGGCCGCUCUAGCGAACAUGGCUCACAGCGAACCUGCAAUUUUGUUUUCGAUCACAG